AUCAUGUUUCGAAUACUUUCCGUUCUCGUCGUCGUUGUCUUUGUCGCCGCCGCAACAGCACCAGCUGUUGACAUAGCGAAGAGACAGAAUGCAGGCAAUCCUUGUCCCGGUGGUACAAUUGUUAACUGCUUUGCUGAUCCUUGUACAGUUGAAGAAUGCCCGUUGUAUCCCUACGCCGAAUGUGUAGCAAAUUACUGUGGCGGAUGCAAUGCUGAAUUCUUUUACGAUGGAGAGAAAGUCGACUGUAAUGAAAAACCAGGCAAGUGUCCAAAUCUGAAACCACCCAGCGACUUGACCCGAGUUCUGUGUAUCCAUGAAUGUGACAGUGACAUUCAAUGCGACAACGAACUGAAAUGCUGCUCUAACGGAUGUGCUUCAAUGUGUUUACAACCUAUUGGUGUGAAACCUCCCAAGGAUUGCAAUGGACCUGAAGGUCAUCAUGAACAUGGUUCUUCUUUUCCGUCAGAUAAUGGAUGUAACGUAUGUUUCUGCAAUGAUGGUAGGACUAUGUGUACCAAAAGGGCUUGCACACUCAUCUAAACCCACACACUAGUGUUGCGGCCUAUCAAGAUGUCAGUUAUCAGAUUCCCAAGUUUACGUCUAAAUAUAUAUAUACAUUGUAAGCAACUGGAAUAUAAUAUCUAGUAGUGUAUAUUAUUCAAUGAAUGAAAUACAAGAACAAUAAAAAAAUUGUUGUCAUUAUUGAA